UCCUGCGUAAGCAUUAAAGCAACGAAUCCAACGGUACUGAACAGGCGUCGGGCGUCCGGCGUCGAGGCUCGAGCUGUAAGAAGUCUAGGGUUUGGCGAUUCGAUCGUGGGGUCUUCUUCACGAGAGAAUUCGCAUCCGAUACAGAAGUUCCAAACUCUCAAAAUCGCAUUUUUGCUGCUAAAAUGGCUUCUUGCGUGAACGCUUUCGCUGUGUCGGCAGAGAUGGAGAAGUUCUUGUGCGACCAGUUGCUGGACCAGAACCAGCCCAUAUCGGAGCGCUUCAGAGCCCUCUUCUCUCUUCGCAAUCUCCGUGGUCCUCUCCCUCGCAAUGCCCUUAUUGCCGCAACAAGAGAUUCCUCAAAUCUACUGGCACAUGAGGCUGCAUUUGCAUUGGGUCAGAUGCAAGAUAGUGAUGCCAUCCCUGCAUUAGAAGCCAUUCUCAGUGAUAUUUCUCUGCAUCCCAUUGUUCGCCAUGAGGCUGCAGAAGCUCUCGGGGCAAUUGGUUUGGAGAGUAAUAUUCCUCUUUUAAAGCACGGUCUGGUUUCAGAUCCAGCUGAGGAGGUCCGAGAAACAUGUGAAUUGGCUCUUAGUCGUAUUGAAGAAAUGAAGGAUGUCCAGAAUCAUGACAGAUCAUCUGUUACUGAAUCAUCACCAUUUUUGUCAGUUGACCCUGCUGCACCUGCCUCUUGUUCUUCUGUUGAUCACUUAAGGGAAGUUCUUUUGGAUGAAGAAAAGAGCAUGUAUGAGCGAUAUGCAGCUCUUUUUGCACUUAGGAACCAUGGGGGAGACAAAGCCAUCACUGCCAUAAUUGAUUCUUUGGGUUCAAGGAGUGCUCUCUUGCGUCAUGAGGUUGCUUAUGUCUUGGGUCAAUUGCAAAACAAAACUGCAUCUGCUGCACUUUCCAAGAUACUUAGGAACACAAAUGAGCACCCAAUGGUUAGACAUGAAGCUGCUGAAGCUCUUGGUUCUAUUGCAGAUGAUCAAUGUGUAGGACUUCUGGAGGAAUUUGUAAAAGAUCCUGAGCCUAUUGUGUCACAAAGCUGUGAAGUUGCUCUUAGCAUGCUGGAAUUUGAGAGAUCAGGCCAAUCUUUUGAGUUCCUCUUCAUGCAGAGGCCUACAGUUGAGGAAGUUUCAGCAGCAUGAAUCUGGUUCCUUGCACCAAGUCUGGUAUUUUUUAAGUCUGCCAAUACAUGGAAGGAGAAGAUCCAAGAUUUGACAUUUGUAGAUGAUUGUGUUGACAAUCUGUUUCUGGAAAUUUCCCAGUGUGAGUAAACUUAUUCCUAGUGCUAAGUCUGAGGUUUGACUAACUUACAAUGAACCCUUCAAGUUAAACAUGUUACACUUAUUCUGGCUGAGAGAGUUAAGAGGUGUACAACAGAAGGAUACGUUGAUGGCUGGGCAUAUGUAAUGAUUUCAUCAUUAACAAUAAAUAAUAAAUAAAAAGUAAAGUAAGGUCAUCACCCAAGUUCCAUAGCUUUUGGUUUGCUAUUUCGAUCAUGAUUUUCCUACCCCAGAGCGAAAGUCCUUCCCUUUUGGGCUGGUCGUGGACUAGGAGGGAUUUGGGCCCUCAACACUGUGGUUCAUAGUCAUGUGCUCUAAUUUUCUGAGCUACAGGUCCCAUCUCAGCUCCAUUGGAUCCAUUACUGGGAGUGUCCUCAAAAAAAGGACCUGUCCUCUCCUCGGCCAUGCCGGGUUAAGAAAAUGUGAAAGCACAUUUAUUAUCAACCAGAGUUAGAUGUAGGGCCUUGGUUUUGCUUUGAGCUAUCAAAAUUUUGUUUUGGGUCACACAAGUGAUAGUGAUUUUUGUAAUUCUUAUAAAAAACAUUGUUUGAUUGUCUCAUCUUUCAACUUA